UAUAUGUCGGUUUUUGUAUUUCACUCAGUAGAAUCAAGUGUGGGCAGGAGAACACACUGGAUAAACAAAAAAAAAUCGAUUUUCGGAAUAAUUUUUUGAUGUUUAAUUCCCAUUUUUAUUUUGGGGUUCUCCAUUACCGAAUGGAUUUUUAUCGCGUUCUGGCCGUCCUCAAUUAUCAUAUCUUGUUGUAAUCAUAAUUUUCCUUAUCUUCAACUAGAUUUACUUUAUACACAAACAUAACAUAUGAGUGUUCAAGAUAAUAAAUCAUCGUUUUCGGGUGUAACUAUUGACGGAAGAAUGACACAAGGAAUUACUAGUGCUAUACCAAAGAAAAGGCAAGAUGUUCUUAAAUGGUACGGCUGGGGUUAUAAAGACUCACACUUCUAUGUGGAUGGACAAACUAUAUGUUUCCAGGGAGAUAGAUAUCCUCUUGAGGGCUGUGCGCUGCCUUAUUUCACUGACUGGGUGUACCAGAAAUUUAAUCUUAAAGUUGACCCAACUGUCCCAUUUCCAGAAUUACCAACUGAUUUUCCAAAACCAGUCAUAAAUGAAGACUUCUUCAAUGACAUAAAGUCAUUAAAAAUUAGUCAUUCCGACAAGGGAGAAGACCGUUUAAUACGAUGCCACGGACAAACAUUGCACGAUAUAUACAAUUUAUGGCGAAAUGCUUUUGAGAGAAUUCCUGAUAUUAUUGUUUGGCCAAAGUGCCAUAAUGACGUCAUGACAAUUAUAAGCUUUGCUCAUAAGCAUAAUGUAGUUAUAAUACCUUAUGGAGGAGGGACCUCAGUAUCUGGUUCAAUAACAUGUCCUCAGAAUGAAACUAGAAUGAUUUGUAUUUUGGACACUUCACAGAUGAACCGUAUGUUGUGGUUAAGUAGAGAAAAUCUUACAGUUUGUUUCGAGUCGGGAAUCGUUGGCCAGGACCUUGAGCGUGAGUUAAAUAAAAUUGGUCUUACUGUUGGACAUGAACCAGAUAGCUACGAGUUUUCAACACUAGGAGGAUGGGUAGCUACGCGAGCAUCAGGCAUGAAGAAGAACGUUUAUGGCAAUAUUGAAGACCUGGUUGUAAAAGUGAAGAUGGUUACUCCUAAUGGUGUUCUGCAACGCGAAUGCUCAGCUCCCCGAGUAAGUUGUGGACCAGACUUUAAUCAUCUAGUAAUGGGUUCAGAAGGUACCCUAGGUGUUGUGACGGAGGUUGUUUUGAAAGUGCGACCAUUACCUCCAGUAAAACGAUAUGGUUCCUUAGUAUUUCCUAAUUUCGAGUUCGGAGUUAUGUUUAUGCGAGAGGUGGCAAAACGACGUUGUCAACCAGCCAGUGUGCGUCUCAUGGACAACGAGCAAUUUAUAUUCGGUCAAAGUUUGAAACCCGUCAAAGGUUGGCUGGGAAGUGUGUUUGAUUAUUUGAAAAAAUCCUACGUUACUAAUAUCAAAGGGUUAGAUUUGACGAAAAUCUGUGCAGCAACAUUAUUGUUUGAAGGCGAAUUGGAGGAUGUACAAAGACAAGAGAGAUUGAUUUAUGAGAUUGCGAAAAAGUUUAAAGGAUUCCCGGCUGGUGGACAAAAUGGUGAAAGAGGUUAUAUAUUAACGUUUGUCAUAGCGUAUAUCAGGGAUUUUGCCUUGAAUCAAGAAAUCGUAGCAGAAUCAUUUGAAACAUCUGUGUCUUGGGAUCGAUGCAGCUCUUUGUGUCGAAAUGUGAAACUACGCGUUGAAAAUGAAUGCUCCCGCUACAAUAUCAAACACUUCUUAAUAUCCUGUCGAGUCACACAAACAUAUGAUGCCGGCUGCUGCAUUUAUUUUUACUUUGCUUUUAAAUACACUGGCAUCCACAACCCUGUCGAAACCUACGAGGCGAUUGAGAAUAGUGCCCGAGAUGAGAUUUUAUCAUCAGGUGGAUCACUUUCACACCAUCAUGGUGUAGGAAAAAUUCGUAAAAAAUGGUAUAAAGAAACAGUUUCAGAUAUUGGAUUUAGUCUCUACGAAGCUGCCAAAAAGCAGUUAGACCCUAAAAAUAUAUUUGCUGCAGGCAACUUAAGAACCAGAGAAAAUCAAGUGGAGGAAAAGAAUUCGAUUCCAAUUCUUAAAGCAAGGUUGUAAAAUGAAUGCACAAAAGUAAUAUAAAUAUUAUAAACGCAUGUAGCCUUAAUUUUUAUAUAACAUAAUUUUUGUAAACUCUUGAAACGAUUUGUUUUAAUACUUUUCGAUUGAUUUCAUGUUGAAUCACUGCUCUUAAUUAGUAGAUACGUUUUUGUAACUUUCUUCAUUUAAUGUUUUGGGAAUAAACAUAGAACCUAAG